AUGGAUUUACAAGAACAAUCAAAGCCACAAGAAAAUGAACGAGUGAUAGUUGUACCAGAUAUAAGUUCAGAUGAUGAAUAUUGGUGCUCAUCAUGUUCGUCAGUAAAUGAUUCGGAAUUAAUAUCUUUAGAUACUAGAAAAUUAUGGCAAGAUAUUGCACAUAUUAUUAAAUGUAUUUAUCGAGAAACAAAUAGAGAAUUUGCAGAAAAUCAUUCAACGAAUGAUAUAUGUAAAGCAAAACAAUACGUACAGAUAUUAACUCAAUUAGAUGCUGAAUCUUUAUUUAAUAAUAUUGAAUCGAUUGUAUUAGAAUAUGUUAAUGAAAUACGAAAUCAAGUAUUAAAGCGUUUUCAAACAUGUUUAAAAACAUCCAAUGAUGUACAAUUAUUUAUUUCAUAUCUUUUGGAUGAAUAUAAUACAUUCAUACAAGCAGCUAAAAAUGUUUCAACAGUUAUUUCUUAUUUAGAAGAACAUUAUAUGAAAUCUUUUCAUUUAACAUGGUUAUUAUAUAAUAAACAUUUAUAUGAAAAAUUAGUUUAUAUGGAUAAAAAAAUUCAACAUUCAAUGUCAACAAUGAUUGAUUUACUUCAACCAUCAAAUGAUAUUGAUAAUGAUUAUUCACCAGCUGAGUAUACACAAUUGUUAAAUAGAUUUUUAGCAUUCGAUGAAGAAAUGUCAGAAAUUGCUUGUUUAUAUAAAGAUUGUCAAACAAAAAUGACUUCGAUUUCACGAAAUUCUGUGAUUAAACAACGAAAUCAAAUGGGUAUUAUUGUUACAGCAAAAAAGAAGAAAAUUUGUAAAAAGGCACACACAAUUAAAAACACACAACGAUUAACUAAGGAAAUUUUAAACAGUUCAACAAUACAUGCUCUGAAUGUUCCAUUACCUGAUAGUUCUUCAGCAUUAUCUGCCACAUGUCAACAAGGUUCAAAUGGUUCAUCAAUAUGUUCAGGUGUUGAUGGCAAAGAAUCUUCAUCAAUAUCAUCUAUUGAUGAAUACCUACUUGAUAAUAAUACAUCAUCAUCAAGUUAUACUAAGGAAACAUCGGAUAGUUUAGUUCAAAAUAAUAAUACUAAUGAUCUUCCUAAACAAUUAUUUCAUGGCAUAUUAAAUAAUGUUUCACCUAUGGCACAAAUUCAACUUGAAAUGGAUAAAUUAAAAUUAAAUGAAAAUAUAGCAACAGAUGAAAAAGAAGAAAAUAAAAAAACAAUAACAAAUGAAACUACUAAAAAGGAUAAAGAAAAAACAUCUAAUGGAGUUUCAACAAAAAAAUCCAAAUCAAGUAAACAAUCAUCAAAUCAGCGAAAGGAAAAUUCAAUAGCAACUUCAAAUAUUUCUUCUUCGUCACUAUCAAAAACUUCUCUGACUCCUAAUUUAAUUCUUCCACCUAAACCACCAUCAUCAACAACAACAUCAAAAUUGGCAGCUGAUUUUCGUCCAUUAACUAUUCCUUUACUAAAUAAAACAGAAAUUACAACAUCUCCAUCACUUUUAUCAGCAAAAAUUCAAUCAGUUUCAUUUACAGCUGGAACAUUUGGUUCAAUAACAGCUAAUGAAUCUGCUUCUUCAUCAUCAACUAACCGAAAAAGUUUAAAUAUUAAUCUAUCAUGUAAACAAGGUUCAUCAAUUAAAUCUGAUUCAACCAUUGCAUAUAAUCAUCUUGAUCAACUUCUUCGUCAAGCUACAUCAACUAAUGAAAUUUCUGCAUUAUUAUCUUCAUUUGGAUCUUCGAAAACAACCGAGGAUUUACAAAAAUCUUCUUUCAACGAUAAAGAUUAUGAUUAUUGUUGUUGUGAUUUAUAUUCUGAAUCCGAUUCUUCGACUACAAAUGGUUGUGUCGCUUGUAUGUCUUUAGCAGCUAACACAACUCUCACAUGUGGUUUCAAUCAACGUGAUAUCGAAACGAAAGAACGAUUAAAACUUAAAAUAACUAAGCGUACUGUAGAAAACAAUUCAGAUCAACCAAAAUCAUCGACCAGAAAUAAAUUAAAAAUCAAACAAUGUGAUAAUAAUAUUGAUGAUUUAGUUAGAUUUAUUGAUGGAAACGAAACUGCAUCAGAUGAGCCAAUAUCAAAAAAAAAUAAAAAUAAAAAAAAUAAACGAACCAAAAUAAAUCCAUCCAAUGAAGAUAUCAAUGAGAAAAAAACAUAUUUACUAACAUCGGAAAAUCCUAUUAUUGAUGCUCCACAAACUUUAUCAAAACGAAAACAAAAAGCUAAAUUAAAAUUUGAACAACAACAAAAACAAGGCGAUGAAUCUUCUACAGACAAAUCUCCUACAACAUCUAUAGAUAUGAUUUCUUCUAAAAAAACUGAUUCUAUUCAAACAAAUAUUGAUAUUUUAUCUGAAAGUUUUAUUCCACUGGAAGUAGACGAAGGAGAAGAAGUAAAGUGGAUAACAAUUUCUCGUAAACAAAGUAAACAUAAAACAACAUCAACACCUGUUCCAUCAUUGCUUGCGGCAUCAGUUGUGUCAUCAAAUAGGAUUCCACAAAGACAACAAAGGCCAUUGGCGAAGACGAAAAAUACAAAUAUAUCAACUCUCGCUCAACCAAAACCAAUACCAGAAACAGUGUCAAAUAUUAAUAAACCACAAAAACAAACUACUAUUUUAGCUUCAUCACGUGUUGAAAAUCUAGUGAAAAAUCAUAAUUCACAAAAGCAACAGCAACACAUUGAACCACCAUCUGCCUGGACUAUUCACGAACAAACUCAAGUAACACCAUCAUCGACUCUUCUUGCUACAGCACCAACGUUUGUUCCAUCUUCUUCUCGCCUAUUUCCGAAUAAAGUUAAUGAUGUUCUUCUACUUGAUGAACCAUCAUCCUCUUCCUAUUUGGAUUCAAAUAGCUAUCUUCUUCCGUCAAGUUCUCUUCAGCAGCCUAAUCCAUCAUUUUCUCCAGCACCUGGUCCUCUUAAUAAAACAAAAUCUCGUUGUAUUCAACGGCCUUCAUCAGAACCACGUUCUACUUCGUCUCCACUUUAUUCUGCCAUUAAUGAUAAUAUUAACAAGUUAACUUCAACAUGGAAUGAUACAUCUGUAAUAAAUUCUAAUGAGUCCCAAUGGAUAUAUACUGAUAAAGAAAAAUUCCAAACAUCAGCAAUUCCAAAUGAUUUUCCUCUUUAUGACCCAUUUAAUAGUGGCGCUGGACUCACGAUUCUAUCAUCAACAUUACCUACGAAUGGUUCUGAAGAACAUUUAGAUGAUUUACGUAUUCUACAGAACAAUGAUAUUGAUGACAUGGAUGCAUUUCAUAAGGAAAUUGAAGAUUUUAAAAAAUUUUAUAUUGAUGAUGUCUCAAUAAACUCUCGUGAACAAGUACAAAUCAAUAUUGAUCAUCGUUUUAUUCAUCAAUCUUAA